GCGUAUUGACGUCAAAGACGUUGCGUCUCCGUCACGUAGCGUUUCGUAGCCGUUUUGACGGAAUGUGGAAAGUAGCAAUGUCGGAGGAGGUUGGGAAGGCGGUCCAGUCGGUGCUGGAGCGGGUGAAGCAGGCGGCGGCGCGGCGGCCCAAGACGCUCCCGGCUGUGCUGCCCCGCCUUGUAGCUGUCAGCAAGACCAAACCCCCAGAGAUGAUUGUGGAGGCCUACAGGCAAGGACAGCGCAACUUUGGAGAGAACUAUGUUAAUGAACUCGUGGACAAAGCGUCAGAUCCACUGAUUUUAGAGUCAUGUCCGGAAAUCAAGUGGCAUUUCAUCGGCCACCUACAGAAGAACAAUGUCAACAAGUUGCUGGGCGUCCCUAACCUUUUCCUCAUGGAGACCAUCGACUCCGCGAAGCUGGCCGACAGGGUCAACAGCUCGUGGCAGCGUCUCCGAGGAGCGAGCAGCCAGAGGUUAAAGGUCAUGGUGCAGGUCAACACCAGUGGCGAGCAGAACAAACACGGCCUGCCGCCGGAGGACACGGUCAACACGGUUAAACACAUUGUGUCGCAGUGCUCAGCCCUGCAUUUCUUAGGACUCAUGACCAUCGGUCGCUACGGUUACGACCUCACACUGGGGCCCAACCCUGACUUUCAGAUGCUGUUGAGUCGGCGGCAGGAGGUGUGUGAGGGCUUGAAGCUGCCCAUGGAGGAGGUGGAGCUCAGCAUGGGCAUGUCCACUGAUUUUGAACACGCGAUCGAAGUGGGCGCCACCAACGUGCGAGUCGGCAGCAUCAUCUUCGGCAACAGGGAGUAUCCCAACAGUGCGCUAAACACUCCCAAUCCCACUCCAAAUCCCAGUCCCCUUCCCAGUCCGGCUCCCAGUCCCGAGAAAACAGCCAAGACGGUGUCAGAAGAAGCUGCUAAGAAGAUGCACCAUCUCACCGUAUCUGAACACUAAAAUGAGAUUAUUAAAAUACCUCCAGGACAAUGAGGCGGGAGGGGGGGAUAACAUACAUUUGGAGUUAGGACUGCAGCCUUCUUACAUCGUUCUAAAAAAAAAAAAGUAGUCACAAAAUAAUAAACUUUGUUUCCCCUUUUAGAUAUUUCUAAUCAUUAAAUUGACAUUCAGUUACUAAAUGAGGGGGAACUAAAUGAGAUAAGAUGUCUUUUCCAUCUCUACCAGUUGUGUCUAACUGGAGUGCUCUCACUUUCAACGUGUGGAAAAACAGUGACCACCAGUGGAUUCAAGCCAAUGAAAAACAGGAACUCAGAUGUAGUAAGAUUUUUUUUUUUUUUUUUUUUGCGGUGGUGGCUUAGGUGUUGGCAGUCAGUAUCUUGAAGUUGACAGCAGUCCUGUAACAAUAAGUAGGCUCAAAUUUUCCACAACUCUCAAAUCAGAUUUUUUUUUUUUUUUUGCACCUCAUAUUUAAUGAGACUGUUGCACAAUUGGGUCACUAUUCAAAUAUGUAGCAUGAACAUCCAUAUAGGCCUAGAACAUAUCCACCAGGAGUUGUUGUGGCUCUUUAAAAAGCAGAUAUUCUGUGCAUAUUAUUCAAUCCAGAAUAAGGCCUGUGGUCUUUUCUUUCUAAAUCUUACACUUUCAUUGUCCAAGCUAUUAAACAUUAUUCGUUUUUGCUCAUUUUACUGACAAAAAGUAACUGUUGCUCAAUUGUUCUGAUUCUUCAUGGUUGUCAUUCUUGACUCCCAAGUGAGGGAGAUUCCCUGAAUGACAUGAUUAUUAGAUCUACCACUGAUAGGAUACUGACUGCUCACAGCUAGUCCACAAAACCUCACAUCUAGUACUGAUUUUUUGUUGUUUUUUUUGCUUUUAGUAAAAUAUCUAACUGGUGUAAACACACUUAACAUCAGUUUCCGUUGUUCUCUUGUUAAUUGGUUCAUUGUUUUCUAUUUUUCCAACUGAACAAUGAGGUCAAAAGUUCCACUCGCUCCAAUGAACCACUAUACCUUGUAAAACAAAGAUUUGAUUUAAUAAACUGUUUAUCCCUUUAUAACAA